AUGUCCGCCCAGGCCACCGGAACCUCCAGACAACUGAGCAGCCUCCGUCACCUCACCAUCCAGUUCGUCGAGUUACUGCAAGAAGCGAAGGGAGGACUGCUGGACCUAAAAGAGGCUCUGAGGCUCCUGGCUAUCACACGGAAAAGGCGAUUGUAUGAGAUCAUUAGUGUGUUGGAGGGCAUUGGACUCAUUAGUAGGGUGACAAGCCGCUAUAUAAAGUUGAUGGGUAUGACGCCAGGACAGAAUAUUCUCCAGUUGAACCACAGACUGACCAAGUUAAAGUUGGAGGUGAGGGGCCUGGAGGAGAUGGAGUUCAUGUUGGACCUGCAGACAAUGUGGGUCACACAGAGCAUCAGAAAUACGACAGAAGACUGCUGCAACCUGAAUUAUGUGAAUCAUGAAGAUAUCUGCAGCUGCUUCAAUGGCCACACACUCCUGGCAGUACGAGCACCAUCUGGCACGAAGUUAGACGUUCCCAUACCUAAAGCUGUAAGUCCUUGUCCAGCAAAGUACCAGGUCCAUCUGAAAAGCAUCAGCGGCCCCAUUGAUGUCCUGCUCCUCAGCAAACUGUCUGCAGGCUCGGCUCCUGUCGUCCUGCCGGUCCCACCGCCAGAAGACAUUUUACGGAACGCCAAGUUAGCAAUGUCCUCUUCACAUGUGACAGAAAGCAGUGCUAAUUCAAGACAGGCGGCCACAGAGGGAACGCAGCAGCAGCAGCAUCGUGCAUCGCCGCUUAUUAACACUGAGUUCAAAAGAAUGCGGUCACCUUUUUUGCGAAAUUUAUCAAAGGAACUGAGCGACCUACUAGACCCAUCGAAAGAAGUAAUGAAUACAGAAAUAAUCACAAAGUUUAUGACCUCUGAAGUUGUUUCUUCACUCUUCCGAGCGCCGCCACCAGCUGAGUGUGAAAACCUGUAUAGUCUUGAUGAAAGAGAAAACCUCUUAGACCUCUCGAAUGACCUACUCAAUUAUCAACCAUGA